AUGAACUACCUGCUGGCGAUGAGGCAAAUGUCGCUCGUGGAUUGGCAGUGCAAAUUGAACGAGAGUCGUUCAAGUUCAAAUUUUGAGUUCGACCUCCCACGUGUUCACGUACAUGUCAUCUCACUCGCGCGAUCCUUUGAACGACGCCGCGCGUGUGUCGAAGCACUUCAGAUCCAGAAUAUUUCUUAUGAGAUUUUCUCAGCGGUAGAUGGACUAGAUGACGGCGCCUUUCAUGAAAGAGAGAUCGCACGCUACGCAGGCAAGAAGAAGCGUGCAGCUUUACACCGCACUUCGAUGAUGCGGCGCGAUGAGUUAGAGAGCGCACGUUCACAUUACGAUACCGCUUCGCUACCCGAAGAAGUCCGCAAUGAUUUACACGAGCGCCUGCGAUUUGGAUGCUCUAUGUCACAUGUGCGUCUUUGGAUGAGGUUGUUAUCCACGAACCUGCCUUUCUUUGUGAUUUUGGAAGAUGAUGCCAGAGUCGUCCCGAAUUUUCAGAGGAGAAUUGUGGACGCGUUGAGGCAACUCCCUAAGGAUUGGGACUUGUUUUACGCAUUUGCAUGUGACAUUCGUCCGGGGGAAUACUUGCGAGGAAACAUUCGCCAGUUCAGAGGCGGAGCUUGUACUCUAGGCUACGCGAUUUCACGCAAGGGUGCUGAACACUUGCUUUUCGAUGCGGCCAUAGGAAGCGAACUACCUGUGGAUAAGAUGAUGAACGUGCCAGUGUCCCGAGGUCGGAUGCUUGCAUUUUACGCCGACCCAUUCCUGGUUGAGAGAGUCGACAAUGCGCACGAGCAAAGCACUUUAGCGUAUCUAUAA